GGAGGCCGGUGUCAGCUGAUUCACCGCAGCGGCGGCGGCGGUAGCGACACCCUGCAGCCCCGGCGGGGAGGCGGCGGCUGGGCUGGGGGUUGCCGUCCCUUAACUUUCCCCACCCACAGGCUUCUUAGAGACGCCCUGGCCUGGCGCUCCUUCGCCCAGGCGUCUGGGGGUGGUCAGACAGACAACAUCAGGGCGUGAGAUGAGGCUGUGACAGAUGGGGACGCUGAGACCCAGAGGGAUAACUUUUUCAAGAUUGCACAGAAGGGCCAGGACUUGAGUGCAGUUCUUCUGAUUGUUUGAAAACACAAUGGCAGGAAAUAGCCUUGUUCUACCCAUCGUUCUUUGGGGUCGCAAAGCACCUACACAUUGCAUCUCAGCAGUACUUUUAACAGAUGACGGGGCCACAAUCGUAACCGGGUGCCAUGAUGGACAGAUAUGCCUCUGGGAUCUUUCAGUAGAAUUGGAAGUUAAUCCCCGGGCACUGUUAUUUGGUCAUACAGCUUCAAUCACCUGUUUGUCUAAAGCUUGUGCUUCUAGUGACAAACAAUAUAUUGUGAGUGCAUCUGAAUGUGGAGAGAUGUGUCUCUGGGAUGUGAGUGAUGGCAGAUGUAUUGAAUUUACAAAAUUAGCCUGCACACAUACUGGCAUACAGUUCUAUCAGUUCUCUGUUGGAAAUCAGAGAGAAGGAAGGCUUUUAUGCCAUGGCCAUUAUCCUGAAAUCCUUGUUGUGGAUGCCACCAGCCUUGAGGUGUUAUACUCCUUAGUAUCAAAGAUAUCUCCUGACUGGAUUAGCUCCAUGAGUAUCAUUCCAUCCCACCGAACACAAGAGGACACGGUGGUAGCACUCUCGGUGACGGGCAUCUUGAAGGUGUGGAUUGUUACCUCUGAAAUAAGUGGCAUGCAGGAUACUGAGCCAGUAUUUGAGGAGGAAUCCAAACCAAUUUAUUGUCAGAAUUGCCAGAGCAUCUCCUUUUGUGCAUUCACACAGAGGUCACUUUUGGUUGUGUGCUCCAAAUACUGGCGGGUAUUUGAUGCUGGAGACUACUCCCUGUUGUGUUCAGGCCCCAGUGAAAAUGGACAGGCAUGGACUGGAGGUGACUUUGUAUCAGCAGAUAAAGUAAUCGUUUGGACUGAAAAUGGGCAAAGUUAUAUUUACAAACUACCUGCCAGUUGCCUUCCAGCUAGUGAUUCAUUCCGCAGCGAUGUGGGGAAAGCAGUUGAAAAUUUAAUCCCUCCUGUACAACAUAGCCUCUUGGAUCGAACAGAUAAAGAGUUGCUCAUUUGUCCUCCUGUUACUCGGUUCUUCUAUGGAGCCAGGGAAUACUUCCAUAAACUAUUAAUUCAGGGGGACUCUUCUGGAAGAUUGAAUAUUUGGAAAAUCCCAGACACACCUGAGAAGCAGGAAGGUGAAGAAGCGAAUAGUAAAUCAGGGCUCGAAAUCACAACUUCUGUUAGUUUGCAAGAAGCAUUUGAUAAGCUCAAUCCUUAUCCAGCUGGGAUUAUAGAUCAGCUGAGUGUGAUCCCCAAUAGUGAUGAACCUCUUAAAGUAACCGCAAGUGUGUACAUACCAGUACAUGGACGACUUGUUUGUGGCCGCGAAGAUGGGAGCAUCAUUAUUGUACCUGCCACGCAGACAGCCAUAGUACAGCUGCUGCAAGGGGAACACAUGCUCCGAAGAGGUUGGCCACCUCACAGAACACUCCGUGGUCAUCGGAACAAAGUCACAUGUUUGCUAUAUCCUCAUCAGGUCUCAACUCGUUAUGAUCAAAGAUAUCUGGUAUCUGGAGGUGUGGAUUUUUCGGUGAUAAUUUGGGACAUAUUUUCUGGAGAAAUGAAACAUAUCUUCUGUGUGCAUGGUGGCGAGAUUACUCAACUCCUGGUCCCACCUGAAAACUGUAGUGCAAGAGUGCAGCACUGCGUUUGCUCUGUAGCCAGUGACCACUCAGUAGGACUCCUAAGUUUGCGAGAGAAAAAAUGCAUUAUGCUGGCAUCUCGUCAUCUUUUCCCCAUUCAAGUGAUUAAGUGGAGGCCUUCUGAUGAUUACCUAGUAGUGGGAUGUUCAGAUGGCUCUGUGUACGUCUGGCAGAUGGAUACUGGUGCAUUGGAUCGUUGUGUGAUGGGGAUAACGGCCGUGGAGAUACUGAAUGCUUGUGAUGAAGCGGUUCCUGCCGCAGUGGAUUCGCUUAGUCAUCCCGCAGUCAACCUGAAACAAGCCGUGACAAGACGGAGCCUUGCUGCUCUGAAGAAUAUGGCCCAUCAUAAGCUACAAACCCUUGCAACUAACCUCUUGGCUUCUGAGGCAUCUGACAAAGGAAAUUUGCCUAAAUAUUCUCAUAACUCCCUGAUGGUUCAAGCAAUAAAGACAAACCUAACAGACCCGGACAUACAUGUGCUUUUCUUUGAUGUGGAAGCGCUGAUUAUUCAACUCCUGACUGAAGAAGCCUCUAGGCCGAACACGGCGCUUAUUUCCCCUGAGAAUCUGCAGAAAGCAUCUGGCAGGGCAGACAAAGGGGGCUCUUUUCUAACUGGAAAACGAGCAGCGGUUCUCUUCCAACAAGUGAAAGAAACCAUCAAAGAGAACAUAAAGGAGCACCUCCUUGACGAGGAAGAGGAGGACGAGGAGACCAUGAGGCAGAGAAGGGAGGAGAGUGAUCCUGAAUAUCGGGCCAGCAAAUCGAAGCCACUGACCCUGUUAGAAUAUAAUUUGACUAUGGACACUGCCAAGUUGUUCAUGUCCUGCCUUCAUGCCUGGGGCUUGAACGAAGUUCUGGAUGAAGUUUGUCUCGAUCGCCUUGGAAUGCUGAAGCCCCACUGCCCAGUGUCGUUCGGUCUCUUAUCGAGAGGCGGUCAUAUGUCACUGAUGCUUCCUGGUUAUAAUCGGGCCGCCUGUACACUGCCACACAGGAAAGCGGAAGAAGAAAGGAAGCUUCCAGCAAUGGAGGGAGUAGGCAAGGGCACGUACGGGGUGUCUCGAGCCGUCACCACACAGCAUCUCCUGUCGGUCAUCUCUUUAGCAAAUACCUUGAUGAGUAUGACCAAUGCAACUUUUAUUGGUGAUCAUAUGAAGAAGGCCCCUACCAGGCCACCUAGACCAAGCACCCCAGACCUUUCUAAGGCCCGGGGUUCCCCUCCAACUUCCAGAAAUAUUGUGCAAGGACAAAUUAAACAAGGCUGGAGUCAGCUGGCCGCGAUGCAUUGUGUGAUGCUGCCAGAUCUGCUGGGACUGGACAAGUUUCGGCCUCCACUUCUAGAGAUGCUCGCUCGGAGAUGGCAGGAUCGAUGCUUGGAGGUCAGAGAAGCCGCGCAGGCCCUGCUUCUGGCCGAGCUGCGAAGGAUUGAGCAGGCGGGCCGGAAGGAAGCCAUCGAUGCCUGGGCUCCGUAUUUACCUCAGUACAUGGACCAUGUCAUGUCACCCGGGGUCUCAGCGGAAGCCAUGCAGACCAUCACCACUGCUCCCGACACCGCCUCGGGGCCCGAAGCCAAAGUCCAGGAGGACGAGCAUGACCUUGCAGAAGAUGACAUCACAACUGGUUGCUUACCAAGUGUCCCACAAGUGAAAAAAAUUUCCACAUCUUAUGAGGAAAGACGGAAACAAGCUACUGCUAUUGUUUUACUAGGAGUCAUAGGAGCUGAAUUUGGUGCUGAAAUUGAACCUCCUAAACUGUUGACCAGACCUCGAAGCUCUAGUCAGAUUCCUGAGGGAUUUGGUUUGACUACUGGUGGAUCCAACUACUCACUGGCCAGACAUACUUGCAAGGCACUGACGUUUCUUCUGCUCCAGCCGCCGAGCCCCAAGCUUCCUCCGCACAGUACCAUCCGGAGAACAGCCAUCGAUCUGAUUGGACGCGGGUUCACCGUGUGGGAGCCUUACAUGGAUGUGUCUGCCGUCCUCAUGGGGCUGCUGGAACUCUGUGCUGACGCCGAGAAGCAGCUGGCCAACAUCACAAUGGGGCUGCCUCUGAGCCCAGCAGCUGACUCCGCCCGCUCGGCCAGGCAUGCCCUCUCCCUCAUUGCCACUGCCAGACCACCGGCCUUCCUCACCACCAUAGCCAAAGAGGUCCACAGACACACUGCUCUGGCCGCGAACACCCAGUCGCAGCAGAAUAUACACACGACCGCUCUCGCACGAGCUAAAGGGGAAAUUCUGAGAGUCAUUGAAAUUCUCAUUGAAAAGAUGCCCACAGAUGUUGUGGAUCUUCUUGUGGAGGUUAUGGACAUCAUUAUGUACUGCCUCGAAGGAUCUCUAGUUAAAAAGAAAGGUCUUCAGGAGUGUUUCCCAGCCAUCUGCAGGUUCUACAUGGUCAGCUACUAUGAGCGGAGUCACAGGAUAGCAGUGGGAGCUCGCAAUGGUUCAGUGGCCCUGUAUGACAUCCGGACUGGAAAAUGUCAGACAAUCCACGGACACAAGGGCCCGAUCACUGCAGUGGCCUUCGCUCCUGAUGGGCGCUAUCUUGCCACCUACUCGAACACUGACAGCCACAUUUCCUUCUGGCAGAUGAACACCUCGCUGCUGGGAAGCAUCGGCAUGCUCAACUCGGCACCCCAGCUGCGCUGUAUUAAAACCUACCAGGUGCCGCCUGUGCAGCCGGCCUCCCCCGGCCCCCACAACGCCCUCCGACUAGCCCGGCUCAUCUGGACGUCCAACCGCAACAUCAUCCUGAUGGCCCACGACGGGAAGGAGCACCGCUUCAUGGUCUGAGGCUGGCGCUGCCCGUGCCUGCUCUCGCGCGCGGGGUUCUCUAAGCCCAGAUCCCUCUGUCCUUAUGCUGGGUCCCUCCUCAGUACUGCCCACCCAGGGGCAUCGGGGGCGCGGCCUGGUCUGUGUCACUUCUGCAUGGUCUGGGGCAUUCGCCUGCUCGGGCACCUAUUGAUUCAGAGGCAUGCACACGCCGCUCCGCAGGAUGUGGCCUUCCGUCACAGGUCAAGUCUCCCUGCUGGAGAGGGAGGGAGGCGGGUCCCUGGUCACACCCCUUGGCUGGCUGCACCGGAAGCCCGAAAGUCAGCGAACACUGAUCGCCGCCCAGCCCAAUCAGCAGUCCCUCGAGCUGCACCCCUUUUCUGAAAUGCUGCUGGGGCCGGUCAUGCUGGCACUGGGUUUUGAGGUAACGUGGCCGUCCUAAUUGUCAAAGUUAUUUUCCUUUGGAUUUCCUAAAACACAUUAUUGUUUACCACAAAGAUUCUGUGUUUACAUGUUUUUUUUUCCUUCAGCUGAUUGUUAGGAAAUUGCUAAUCCAACUACCUAGGGUUUAACCACUAUCUUCGUUAUUAAUACCUAACCGAUUUGGGAUUAAUGAGAAAAUAUACCAAACAAAAAAUUUUUCCCCCGGUGGAGAAUACAGUUUCUCAGACAUAUAGCCUUCUAAAAUGCUCACAUCCUGCUUAAGUGAUGGCGUAUUUAGUAGUUUAAAACAAAAUCAUCUCUCUUGAUGAUCUAGUUAAUAUAAUUAUCCAGUGACUAUAACAAAUCUCUUAAACGGACUUUUACAAAAAAGAAUAAGUUUAGAAGCAUAACAUAUGCCUAAAAAGAAGACGCUGUGUCAGUGGCUGCAGAUGUUCAAGUCAGAGCUUGCCCUUCCUUCCAGAAACUUCACAGACCUGCAGUUCCCAGGCGUACGGCUUAGGUCAGUUAUCACGUAAUCGUUCAGCCUUCAAACUGCUACUGACCAACUGCAGACAAAUAAAGACAGCGUUUCUUUAAACAAGUAUCCUAGAAAAUUAGGGACAGUGGGGCAAGCACCCGGGCGUCUGUAUGGGGACAGGGCUCGGUCAGCCUGCGCGACACUGCGGUGAGAGCUCACCGCCCUCUGACGGCGGCUUUCCCAGCCGCUCUCACCUCACACGUCACAUUCUGCGGCUCUGGCUCACAGUGAUGGGGGAAUCCAUCAAAUAAUAUUCUGUAUGAAUCGCUCCUGACAAACCUCAAUCUGUAUAUAGUUGGGGAUUUGGUUGGUUGGUUGGUUAGUUGAGUAAAAUGGGGGUGUUAAUGCAGAAAUAGAAAAUGAUUUAUGAAAUUCAGAGAAAAUAUACGAAGUUUACAGAGGAACCGAAAUCAUAAUGGGAGCAUUUAAUUUCAAAGGUGUAGAUGUCCGGGUUCAUGUAAUAUCCAAAAUAGUAAGACCAUAGUCUGGGAACAAAUAUAUCUAUAAUUUUCUUGAAACAGAUUUUUAAAGACCCUGUUAAGAAACUAAGACCACUAGCCCUCUCUCCCCUAUUGAUGUGAAGUAUGUUAUUUCCACUGAUGGCAAACCUGUACUAUCCCUUGGUUGUAGACUUUGGGUGUUCUUUCACAGGUGAAUUUAUGGCACAUGCAUGUACAUUGUACUUAUAAAGAUAAGAAAUGUAGUUUCCAGGAAGAAACCACGAACUAUGCAGUGUAGACUUUGUUUGCUGGACAUGCUGUUGUGUUCGAUGUAGGUAGAGAAGCCGAGGUAAAUGGUUGUCCCCGGGGGCUCGAGUCCUCUCGGGCCCCAGCACCUGUCUCCUGUGUGAACUGCAGUGGGGGUACAUUCAUUCUGGACUGCACGGCUGUUUUGGAAUGCUGAUGUGGAAGGAUACCCUGGAGAUUUCUUGAAACAAAAUGUUCAGUGCAUCCCGAGAAAGGUGUGAGGCUGCUAGGCAGGCCCCCGCGUGCAUGGAUGGACGGCACCCGCCACGGACAUUUAGAACAACGCCGUGAGGCCCACAGGAGCCAGACACCUGGGCAGCUCGGCCAGCCUGUCUCGCAUUGUCUGCAGAUAGCCGAAGUUAUUGGCCAGUAGAAAAUUUUGAUUACAAAACUCUGGGGUGGAUGAUGAGUGAUGGUUAGACAGAUAUCUCUCACUGCUGAACUAAUAUUUGCAUUCUUGUUAACACACAUAUUUCCUUGGCUAUUUUGACAACCACAGUCCACACUUCACCACAGCUUAGGUUUCUCAGCGCCGAGGUAAACUUCGUAUUGUCAUGCCAGGGUAUGCUUUCGGUGUUUUAUUACUUUCCUAGGCACUGUAUUUGGACCUUUCCUUGUUAAUGUAGAGGCACAUGUGGCCUCUCUGAUCAUUUACAAGCGGAAGAUGACAUGAUGCGAUGCCUGUGUGGGAAAGUACUGCCUGGACUCACCAUGUCCAGCGAGUGGAUUAAAUGUCUGCCUCCCAAGACAGCUCUUGAUGACUCCACUUAGUAGAUUCUAUAUGUGCCGGGUGUUCCUCUGUACAUAUGUGUGUUAAAUAAAGCUGGAUUGUACUGAAGAUUGUUUUUCCCAUUAAAACCAUUAUUCACUCUUAAA